CUCUCUCUCUCUAGCUUCUGUGUCAUUAUUCUCUAACAAAAUUAAUUCUUUAACCAAAUUAAAAAGGGGAUGUCCUUUGUCUGCUUCGUUCUUUUCCGAUGUUCCUUCUUUUUUACUUUCUCAAGUUUCAGUCGUUCUCUUGUCCGACUUUAUUCACAGCCUUAGAUAUCUCAGCCAUGGUUUUGCAGAGUAUCCAAAACCCAGCUACUCUUAUUGCAUUUCUCCUACCGUUUCUCUUGCCACCUUAUCCUCUAGGCAUCGUGAAUCAUGAUUGAAAAUAUCUAGACGCAUUGGCGCUGCAUUCCUGCUUGGAGCAUUACCAGUACUUCUCCCAACAUGGUCCUGGGGUUGAGAACAAAAAACAAAAAAGGUGCUUCAGUUCAGGUCGACUACCUUGUCCAUGUCCAAGAAAUUAAACCAUGGCCACCAUCACAGUCUCUUAGAUCCCUUUCAUCUGUACUUCUUUAUUGGGAAAUUGGCGAGCAGAAUUCUGGAUCAACAGGCCCUGUAGUCCCUUCCCUUGGGUCUGGUGCUGGGGAUGGGAAAAUUGAAUUCAAUGAGUCUUUUAGGCUUAUAUCUACUCUAUCCACGGAAGCCCCCACAAAAGGUGGAGAUGCUGAGACAUUCCAGAAGAAAUGCAUGGAGUUCAGCUUGUAUGAACCACGAAGGGAUAAGGCAGCAAGAGGUAAGCUGUUGGGAACUGUCAUAAUAGACCUGGCAGAGUACGGGAUUGUCAAUGAAACUGUAAACAUUGGUGCUCCAAUGAAUUGCAAGAGAAGCUUCCGAAACACUGCACAGCCAGUUUUGUUUGUUAGAAUCCAGCCAUUUGAAAAGGAUAAUUCCAGCUCAUUACUGAGGGAAAUCCUGUCAAAAGAAUCAUCACUGGAUAAUGAUGGGAAGGGAUCAAUUUCUUCUUUGAUGAGUGAAGAAUAUUCUGAGGAAGUUGAGAUUGCAUCUUUUACUGAUGAUGAUGUUUCAUCUCAUUCAUCCUUUAGUGUUCCUUCAUCUGCUGCUGUUGAGGCUGCAGGAGGUUCUCCACCUCAAAAUUUGGAGGUACCUGAAAAAUCAGAGGAGAAGCCGUUGACUGCUGCACACAAGAAUCUGAAUGGGAGUUCUUGUUCGUCAUCAAUUGAUCUGUCCUCUGAUGCAGGAAGCCGAGAAAAGGAGCAUGCUUCCUCUUCCAUCUUUCCUAGAGAUAGCUUAACAUUGGUCCCCAAUAAUUCUGUUACCCAUAAUGUUCAAUCAUGUUCUUCAUGUAUUGCUUAUGAAGACACACAGGAAGAGCUUAGACCUAGCAAUGGUGCAAGAAUUCAUGGAAAAUCUGGUAAGAUCAAUUGUAGAUCUGAAGAAGAUGAACAAACGAAGGACAUUAAUAUCAAGGAUCUUUCAGCCAAAGUUUCAUCCUCGGAUUCAGAUCUUAAUGAGAAAGCAGGCCUUGUUAACUCUGCUAACUCUCAUGCCCAAGGAAAUGAUAAUGGACAUUCUAAGGUACAGAGCGAAAAUGAGACAGAGAAGAUUGAUGCUACUACUGGUCUAUUGGCCAGUCAUGUGGAGGAUGGAGAUUGGGAGGAACAGGGAGAAAAUGGACAGGAAGAACAGAUAAAAACGGAAAAAUAUGUUAUGACAGAAGAUGAAUCAUCCAAGUCAUUUUCACCAGAUCCUACCACAAAGAAAGUUGUAUGUGUGGGUGAUAUGCGUCCAUUUAGCAGGAGAGCUCUUGGAGUGAGGGGCAAUGCUCUAUCUGAUGAUAAGCUAAAGCAUGUGAAGUCUACCCGAUCAUCAUUAGACUUGCCCAGGAGCAAUGGAUUGUUAACUGAUAAUAAGUUAACAAGUAAAGUAAAGGAGGCUGGUGCUUUGAAAGAUGUGGAUACUGGUUCUAGAAGGUUUGGAACAGAAGAUGCUAAGCUUGCUUCUAGAGAUACAAGAAACAGCUUUGCUGAUGGCAAAGUCCAGCAAUUGGAGGAUAAGAUAGAGAGGCUUGAGGUAGAGUUGAGAGAAGCUGCUGCAAUAGAGAUUGGGCUAUAUACUGUUGUGGCUGAGCAUGGGAGUUCUGCGAGUAAAGUACAUGCACCAGCUCGACGCAUUUCUAGAAUGUAUCUUCAUGCUCUUAGAAAAUGUUCCCCUGCAAGGGGUGCUAGUGCAGCUAGAAGUGCUGUUUCAGGAUUAGUUUUGGUAGUAAAAGCAUGUGGAAAUGAUGUCCCCAGGUUAACUUUCUGGCUUUCGAAUUCCAUUGUACUGAGAGCAGUCGUCAACCAAACCAUUGAGGAAUCACAGCUUCCACUUUCUGCUGGUCCACGUCUUGAAAAUAAUGGAGGUAGAAAGGGAAAUAAUCGAAAAUCAUCUCCAUUUAAGUGGAAGGAAUCCUCUCCUAACAAGAGGGAAAAGAAGUUUAGUUUGUCUGGAAGUUUUGAUGACUGGGAAAACCCACACACAUUUAUGUCUGUGUUGGAAAAAUAUGAAGCUUGGAUCUUCUCUCGAAUCAUCGAAUCUGUGUGGUGGCAGACUCUGACUCCACAUAUGCAGUCCACCAUUGGGAAAGCAAGUGAUAAAAAUCUUGGUGCCAGCUCAAGGAAAAGCUAUUGGCAGAAACUUAGUUUAAUUAAUCAAGAGCAAGGGAACUUAUCAGUAGAACUUUGGAAGAAGGCUUUCAAGGAUGCCUGCGAAAGAUUAUGUCCUGUUCGAGCUGGAGGGCAUGAGUGUGGCUGCUUGCCUCUGCCUGCUAGAUUGGUAAUGGAACAAUGUGUGGCUAGAUUGGAUGUGGCUAUGUUCAAUGCUAUUCUUCGUGAAUCAGGUGAUGAGAUUCCAACAGAUCCUGUGUCCGACCCCAUUAGUGAUUCAAAGGUUCUUCCUAUUCCGGCUGGGAAAGCAAGCUUUGGUGCUGGCGCACAACUGAAAAAUGCUGUUGGGAGCUGGUCCAGAUGGCUAACCGACCUAUUUGGUAUAGAUGAUGAUGACUUGCCUGAAGGAGAGAAUGACCUUGAUGAUGAUGGUAGACAGGAAUGUGAGACAUCCUUCAAGUCUUUCAAUCUACUUCAUGCGUUGAGUGAUCUCAUGAUGCUCCCAAAGGACAUGCUUUUAAAUCGUGCCAUCAGAAAAGAGGUAUGUCCUACAUUUGAUGCACCAUUGAUCAGGAGGGUUCUUAACAAUUUCGCCCCAGAUGAGUUCUGUCCGGACCCAAUUCCAGAAGCUUUGUUUCAGGCCCUAGAUUCUGAGGAUGUUCUUGAGGCUGAGGGACAGUCUGUCCAAAACUUCCCAUGCACUGCAGCUCCAAUAGUGUAUUUGCCACCAUCCGCAGCUUCAUUUGCUAGUUUUAUGGGUGGGCUUGGAAGCCAUUCUCAGUUGCAAAGGAGUGGGUCCUCAGUGCUCCGGAAAUCUUACACUAGUGAUGAUGAGUUUGAUGAACUUGAUUCUCCUCUGGCUUCAAUCCUCGACAGCUUUCGUGGUUCUCCUACUUCUACUGUGCCCAGCUGGAAACCACAGAAGAAUGGUGUUCAUAAUAAUGUUGUCAGGUACCAACUCCUCCGGGAGGUUUGGAGGGAUAGUGAUUAGUUGUUUGUAUGCAUCCCAACCCCUUAUUCCAUAUAUUAUUCUUUUCAACAAGUCUGUAAAUUGCAUGUAAAACUUCACUAGGAAAUUUUGUUUACAUGUUGAUGUAAAAAUUAUAGUACAUGCCAUUAUAACCAAAUUUGAUCUAUGCAGCA